AUCCCUCGAAAGUACGUGUAAUCUGGCUCGACACUGAAUUCGCCUGAUAUAUUGCAGACAGGCCGACAACCCAGUGCUCAUAGUGACGUCAUCAGCUCAAGUACACGUGUCAUUGCCACUCUGUUCGCAGAACAACACCACCCUUUUGACCAUGAUGGUGGGAAGUUCCCGCCUCAGCAUGGCGAUGCAGAUGGACCAACUGUAUCGUCUUCCCCACUGUGGUCGGCUAAUCGUCGGCCGCAGAAGUUGGAUGAUGGAGGUGGAUGUCCAUGGUCUUGUGGAGCCCUUUCGUGUUUGCGUUGCUUUCGCCCGAGCAAAAACAGUACUGACGUAUAUUCUAGCGGGGCUACACGAUCCAUUGGACCACAAGGCCAUCGAUUUGGUCGCCACAAAGAGCGUCACCCACUCCGGUUUAUUGAUUCUGCGCAUGGGGGUGGAGUGGCUGGUGGUCGCGGGUACUCCCAAUCCCUUCGUACGGUGGACCCUUCCAACCCGACAGCGUUGGACCAGAAGCACCUUUUUCCAGCAGUAUUGUCGCGCGGUGGAUACAACCGACCAGCCAACUGGUCAUGCUGGACGUGGUUGCUUGGUUGUUGUUCGUCGGAUGCCUCCAGCAAUGACAGUUCUAAGAAUGAAGGAGCACCAUUUUUGAGCCACGGUGUGCACUCUCGUCACGAAGACUCGACGUACGACACAAGAGGCUUGUCAAAGGAAAUGCCGGCCGCACAAGGCGCAAUUGACUCUUCGAAGCUGGGCUCGAGUACUAGCCCCCUCGAGGGCACGUGGACGAACGACCACCACCGCUUGGGCAGCCACGUCGUCGGUGCUGCCCAGAUUCAGCGCAGUGGCUCGAAUGAAACGCCAUCGUGGGUCGUUCGACAUGACAUCAAAGGAAGUCGAAGCGACGCUACCACCGCACAAAGCGAUCCAUCCCGAGCUUUCGCCGCCAACAUGUCAUAUCAAUCUGGCAAUGCAAUGGAAAGUGCACAUGAUCCAUCAAGGUCCGACCAAAACGUUGGCUCAAUUGCAAGCGGUACAUCCACAAACGUUUAUACAGACAGCACCUUGCAUUAUCAACUGAACAGCCCAAGUGCCACGAGCUGCGUGAUUGACAUGUCGUCACCAACGGGGGGCAUCGGGGGAGUGCUUUCUCACCAGGUCAGUCAAGAUAACCAGAGGUACGGGAGCACUAUCCAAUCGCACACACGAAAAACCACGACGCAACUCCCGUUGUCGACCUACCGUGGACACUUGAGCGAUUACAAAGUUGAUUUAUCCACACAGCCAUCCCCCGACGCGGACUCGUCCCCCAAGGAAACCUCGCGCCUACUACGCCCCCACGACGCUGAUUUGGAAGGUUCCUGUGACAAAGCGACUACUCUUAUCGACCCCGCCGCCCUCACCCCCUCUCGAAACGACUUGACGGUCGCGGCGGUCCAUGAUAUUCUAGACACUCUGAUUCCAGACAUGGAGCUGUGCAUCACCACGCAAGGCUGCUUGGCCAUCUGGCGCGAAGCCCGGGUGUUUCUGUGUAUGUUUCCGUGCGUGUGCUUUCGGUUUGUCGUGGUCCAGCUCAUAUUGGACACGGAACUCAUCUUCGUGGGCCACUUGGGGGUCCCUCAAUUGGCCGGCGUGGGGCUAGUUCGCUUUUGGGUGGCCAUUCCGUUUGGGUUUCUCUACUGCAGCAUGCGAGCCGUGUAUGUGCUUGGCUCCAUGACGCGCGGCAACCGUCCAUCUGCUGCCGGCCACUGGCUUCAAACUGCCCUCGGGUUUGCACUGGUUGGAACGUUGGCCGUGAGUUACUACUACGUUCACGUCGCCGACUUAGCGCAUCUAGCUGCGUUGGAUGACGUGGCGAUUUCGUACGCCCGUGAGUUUGCCCCGAUCGUUCUGCUCGGUCUGUUUCCAAGUCUGGCCAUGGCUGCCAUUGACAACUUUAUGCGUAUCCAGGACAUUGCGCUUCCCGCCCUCGUCUGCGCCACCGUGGCCUGUGUCCUCAACAUAUACCUGCACUUUGUGUUCAUCUACGGUGCGUUUGGCUGGUCUGGCUGGGGGUUUGUCGGGUCACCAUGGGCAACUGUGACCAGUCUCGUGACCCAAGUCGCCCUGUACGUGGCAUACACUGUGUUGUGGAAACGAUAUCACGUUCCGUAUUGGUCAGGAUGGGCGUGGAACAGCCACCGACUCCAUCGUUAUCGAUUGUUUUGGCGGGUGUCCGUUCCGCUCGGGGGCAUGGUUGUGGUGUUUAGUAUUGCAUGUCUGAUCGUUGGCACCAUAGCCAGCUACAGUCCGUCGCCUUUUACUGCUCCGCAUCGACAAUUGGACGACGGCGGCGCUGGCUCUGAACGUGUGGGUGCGUGGGUUAUUUCGUUUUGCCUGUUCUUGCUUGUUCUGGCAGUGCUGUUGGGGGUGGCGGAGGCCACCAAAGUCCGCAUGCUCGUGUACCUGACCCAUGGCUGGCCAAAACUCGCUCGUCAGGUGCUGUAUGUGGGUUUGGCCUAUAGCGCCUUGUUUGCGCUUGUGUUUGCAUCCGCGUUGUUCAUGUACAAGAGCGUAGUGUUUCGCAUUUGGACCAACGACGCUGGCAUUCUGGAGCAGUGUGUGGACGUUGUCAGGUGGAUCAUGUUGUGCCUCGUGCUUGCCAGUGUGCGCGUGGUGCUUGCAAGUGGACUGAUUGUGCUGAAGAAACGCCCGAUGGUGCUGCUGGCUCAGUGUAUCGACGUGUGGUGUGUGCAAGUGCCGGGCAGCUUUGUGCUGCCUCUGCUGUUGCAAUUCCAACACUUGAGCGGGUUCUGGAUCGCUGUGGCCAUGGGCGAGUGCGUGCAUGUGUUGCUGCUUGUGUAUGCCUUGUGUCAGGUCAAUGGUGAUGACGAUCAAGCGCUGGUGAAGUCGGUCCAAGCCGCCGUCACCUUGGUCAAUCAAACGUCAUCACCCUUCAAAGCCAAACACAACGAACGUGAGAACGCAGACAACGACAUCGAUCUGGGUGACCUCACAAAACCAUUGACGUUGUCGCACGUCGUGACAGACAACGCGCUCUGUGAUGCGCCGCCCACGGUACAAUUUGUGGUCACUGCAGAUGUGGCUAUCGACGUGCUGACAGGCUCGUUGUCCGACCACAAUCACACGUCAGUAUGCGGUGCAGAUGCGCCACAAUUACACGUUGAGACGCGGUCGACGAACGAGUGUACUUUGUCGCACGAACUUGCGACAGCGUUCCACGAAGAUGGCUCGUCCGACGACUCAAAUGCACUCAAGGCGGGCGUUUCAAGUGUUCAUUCAGGCCACACCAAGGCGGGGUCAACUGACGGGGACACGGGCAUCACCGACACUGAGAGGGACAAACAUUCCUCGUUGUUGCACAUCCCCGUUUCAACGUCACUCCGGGGCGUUGGUACGGACAACCCAUCGACUCUUGCGACGGUCGCGCUCGACGGAAGUCCCUUCCCACAAGUGAAACAUGCGAGAUCCAGUGCGGUGCCACCACGCAUUUACUCAACGGCAGCACAUGCCGUGGAAUGUGAAGCGCACAGCCUUGGUGAGGCCGCUCCUGCGCUGUUCGCACCGCCGAAGAUCGUGGCGCAGAAAUCGCUCCCCCCUCGAUCCGAGACCAUUGAGCUCCCACCCACGGAGAAUGAAGUCGCUGCCAAGAGCUCAUCGCCUUCCCAUCUGAACAAUGCAAACGUCGACGACGCAUGUGCGCCUCCAAGACUUCACCUGCGAGAUAUUUCAACCCCAGAAAUCCCCCCAGAGUUGUCAACCCUUCCCAGGAAUGCCAAUGACCUAGCCCCCCCAAAGUGCCUAUAUCGAACAUUGACGCCACUGAAAAACCCUACGAAAUUGGGUGAUCUUGUGCUUGAAAGCAACCGACAGAUCAAAACUCAUUUGCCCGAUGCAGUUUGCACUUUAUUUCGGCCACAAGACCAAGCCGCUGCAUCUGCCACUUUCAAUUCGUCAAUAGUCGACGAUGAUGAUGUUAGAUCUGCCGUGCCGUUGGUUGAGGUACAUGUUGCGGGUGCGCAGAAGCUGGUACCUGAGGACAUCAACGUCCUCGAACAGAUUGAAGUCAAAUUGCCCCUCGAUAACCACUCGUCCACGGACGUGAUACUGCUCAAGCCCAUCCGCAGUGUUCAGGCAGAAGUCGCCCUUCUCAACGAAACCACAUCCCCGCAACCCCCUUCGGAUGCAGGGAGCGACUCAUCCAACGACGGCACGACGGGUCAAGUGUCUGAGAGCGAGUCUGGGGCGUCGUCGACAAGCCAGAGGCGGAGGCCCAAGGCCGCGGUGCCCCCCAGUGUUAAAAUUGAAACCCUCGGUGGCGUCGACAUUUCGACCCUCCACUUUGGCAAGCGCUCCAAAAAACGCCGAACGCGGGAAGCAAAACAGUCCAAGCGCGUGAGCUUUUCGCCCUCUCCACGGCAGCGUCGUCCGUCGGCGUACGGAAUUCAGCCCAGUUUAGAUUAGGAAUCAUAUGUUAAUGUUAAAAAUCGGUGGACAGAGUUGAU